GUUUGUGGUGUUUCGAGACGUGGAAAACAUAGGAAGUAAAAGAGCUACAAACGACGUCUGAGGCCCUUUGAACUUUAUGUAGCUUUGUUGUCGCUAUUUUGUGCGUGGACUUCCAUACGUUUAUGACUAGUUAAUGUUUACUGUCGUGAGUCGUAAAACGUUUACAAGGUGGCGACAGAAAAGGUUGCUGGUAAGUUCAGUUCUACUCUCUCAUGGGUGAAGAACACAGUGUCGCAUACUGUCAGUCAAAUGGCUAGUCAGGUGGCAAGUCCAUCUGCUUCAUCCUUAAACACUACUUCAUCUUCAACAACUCUGUCUACACCUGCAUUGUCGCCUUCUUCUCCAACUCAGCUUAGUCCAGAUGAAAUUGAAUUGCUUGCAAAGCUGGAAGAACAGAAUAGGCUUCUGGAGACUGACAGCAAGUCCCUUCGAUCUGUUAAUGGAUCACGCAGAAAUAGUGGUUCUUCUCUGGUGUCCAGUUCUUCUGCUUCCAGUAAUUUGAGCCACCUUGAAGAAGACUCAUGGAUUCUCUGGGGAAGAAUGGUGAAUGAAUGGGAGGAUGUUCGGAAAAAAAAAGAGAAGCAGAUUAAGGAAUUGGUAAGAAAAGGGAUACCACAUCACUUCAGGGCAAUAGUAUGGCAGCUUUUAUGUAAUGCUCAGAAUAUGCCCAUUAAAGAGCAAUACUCUGAACUUUUGAAGAAGACAUCUCCUUGUGAAAAGCUCAUCAGGAGGGAUAUUGCAAGAACAUACCCAGAACAUGAAUUCUUUAAAGAGAAGGACAGCCUUGGACAGGAAGUUUUGUUCAAUGUCAUGAAAGCUUACUCACUUGUUGAUCGUGAAGUUGGCUACUGUCAAGGCAGUGCAUUUAUUGUAGGACUACUGCUUAUGCAGAUGCCAGAAGAAGAAGCAUUUUGUGUCUUUGUUAAGCUGAUGCAAGACUACCGGCUAAGGGAACUUUUUAAGCCUAGUAUGGCUGAGCUUGGCCUGUGCAUGUACCAGUUUGAGUAUAUGAUACAGGAACAACUGCCUGAACUUCAUGUGCACUUCCAGUCUCAGAGUUUUCAUACAUCCAUGUAUGCAUCAUCUUGGUUUCUUACAAUCUUCUUAACUUCAUUUCCACUACCUGUUGCCACAAGAAUUUUUGAUAUAUUUAUGUGUGAGGGUUUAGAAAUUGUGUUUAGAGUAGGGUUAGCUAUUCUACAAAUGAAUCAAACUGAACUAAUGCAGCUUGACAUGGAAGGAAUGUUACAGCAUUUUCAAAAGGUCAUUCCUCAACAGUUGGACAAUAGUCCUGACAAAGUGAUCCAAGCUGCAUAUCAAGUCAAAUAUAAUGCAAAAAAGAUGAAAAAACUAGAGAAAGAAUAUACUAGCAUUAAAUCAAAAGAAAUGGAAGAACAAGUUGAAAUCAAGAGGCUACGUACUGAAAAUAGACUUUUGAAGCAACGGAUUGAUACAUUAGAGAAAGAAAGUGCUUCCUUGGCAGAUAGAUUGAUACAGGGACAAGUGACAAGGGCACAAGAAGCUGAGGAAAACUACCUCAUAAAACGGGAGCUGGCUACCAUCAAACAACAGAAUGAUGAGGCCAGCACUAAGCUGGAACAAGCUCAGAGUAUCAUCAGACAACUUCAGCAACAGGAAGGGCACCAGUGUAACCCCCGAUAUUCAGAAGAGUUUGUACUGCAGCUGGAAAAGGAAUUGGUUCAGGCUCGACUAAGUGAAGCUGAAUCUCGUUGUGCUCUCAAGGAUAUGCAAGACAAGAUACUAGAGAUGGAAAAGAGGAACAGUUCCUUGCCUGAUGAAAAUAACAUUGCCAGGUUGCAGGAUGAGUUAAUAGGAGUGAAACUACGAGAGGCAGAAGCAGUAAUGGGUGUGAAGGAAAUGCGACAACAGGUCAAAGAUUUGGAAGAGCAUUGGCAGCGACACCUAGCACGGACAACAGGGAGGUGGAAGGAUUCACCCCGCAAGAAUACUAUUCAAGAACUACAAGAAGAGCUGAUGUCUGUUCGUUUCCGGGAAGCUGAGACGCAGGCUAUUCUUAAAGAAUCUAAGCAAAGACUAUUAGAGUUGGAAACACAAAAUCAGAUCAACAGCAAUCAUCUGCGGAGGGCUGAACAGGAGAUUAGCAGUCUGCAGGAAAAAAUGAAAUACCUCACGGCCCAGAACAAAGGUUUGCUUGCUCAAGUUAAUGAAGGCAAGCGCAAGCAAGCAGAGGUUGAAUGCAAGUAUAAAGAGGACGUAAUGGCAGUAAGACUUCGAGAAGCAGAAAGUAUUGCCAUGUUGGCUGAAUUUCGACAGCAGAUAGCAGAGCUGGAAAUUCAGAAAGAAGAAGGCAAAAUUCAGGGGCAGCUGAAUAAUUCAAAUUCAAGGCUGUACAUCAGAGAGCUGAAAGAAGAGAUAGCUGAGCAAAAACAUGAGAUCCAGUGCUUAAAAGGUCAGAGGGGACUGUCCGACCAACACACUUUUGAUGGUAUCCAUAUAGUAAACCACUACUUAAGAGAUGAUGAAUCUUACCACUCUUCAGAUGAAGAUCUAAUGCCACAUUCUUCCAGGGUCUCGGUUUGUGAUGGUUCUCAACAGUAUGAAGGAUGCCGCAAAGCCACAAAAUUGGUGUUCCAUGAAAGAAUGGAAGAUAGUGACAGCGAAAGUGACAAUGAAGAUGGCAACCUAGGGCUGUCUUCAGUGUCUGUUGACCAGAAGCAAAUUGCCCAGAAAAAGGUUGAGCCAUAUUCCACUACAGUUUGAUGCCUGGGUGCAGUGGCAGCUCCUUGCUCUUCGAAUGUACAGUAGAAGUUUGGCCUACCAUUAUACUCUUUAUUUUCUGGAACUCAGAAGAUGCUGUGAUCAGUUUUGAUGGUAGCCAUGCUAAAUAUCUAUGGAUGACAUCCACCAAAUUGAAGAAAUGCAACCCACCUACAUUAUGGUCUGCCUUACCUUUGCCAAAUGUGUCCAUUGUACAUAUCAUAUCCAUGCAGAAGACUUGAUUAUAAGUAGCAGAGACAGCGGGUGCUGGCAGUAUUACGACACAUCCUCUUUGUGCCUAAACGACCUGCACUGGGGUACCCAGGAGCAGCGCGAGAGUAUGUGGACCCCAGAGUCCCUGGAUGAUGAGCAACAUCUUGUGCAAUAUUGUGUUUUAUGCUUGACAGGACUCUUUUUAUGUGUUUUAUUUUUUAUUUUGUCUUUUUGAUGAAGCGUUGAACUCUCUUAUGACAAGGACCUCGAGUUAUUUUUCAUCUUCAGUUUCAAAAGUAGAAAAUAAAUAAGCAAUUAUGGGACAAAUUCAUAGCUCUAUAUUAUAGCUUUACUGUGAGCCAUAGUGGUUCACUAUUGAAUGUUCACUUCUGAAAUUAUAUUUCUUUCUGUCAUCUGAACAGUAUCAAGCUAUUAAUGAACAUGCGUUAGUCUUUUAGUAUUUAUUUGUGCUUGUUAAAAGCAGAAAUGGUAAUGUUUGUUGCAGUGGUGUAUAUGUAUGUGCAUGUGUUUUUUCCCUCUUUUUAGCUAAACUUUAUUCUGAAAAUAUCUUUUAUUAUUGCAAUAACAUUAUUGCUGCUGUAUGUUUGCAUCAAUUUUGUCAGCCACUAAGAAUAAGAUUUCAUUUUAAAAUUUUUAUUGAAAACGUUGUGUUAAAAAAGACUCACUGAAGAAAAGCAAAGGAAGUUUAAAAAAUGCUUACCAGUAAAUAACACUAGCAAUGUCAUCAACUAAAAUAGAUAAGUGUAUAUAUGUAUAUUUAUAUAUACAUAUAUAUGACCAACACUGCUGAGUUCUUAACUUGAAAUAUAUGUGUAUAAUGUGAUUAUAAUAAAUUUUUUUCUGUGAUUUAA